AUGGAUCCGAAAGUAAAUGACGAAUUUGCUGAGUGGUUGAACAUGAGAUAUGGUUCGAUCCAGGCAUGUAAAAUCGUCAGAGGAAAGAUACACAGAUAUCUUGGAAUGACUUUGGAUUUCUCGGUGAAAGGAAAACUCAAAAUCCGCAUGGACGACUAUGUCAAGAACAUGUUGGAAGAUUUUCCUGUCAAGUUCAACAAGGAUUCAAAGCAGGAAACACCAGUUGGUAACAAUUUACUGGAAGCUGGGAAAGGAAAGUUACUCAAUGCUGAGUACCGACAGAUCUUUCAUACUACUGUUGCAAGGGGACUUUAUAUCAAUAUUUGUUAUUUCUUUAUCACAGAUCAAGUUGAGAAAGGAAAUGUUAAGAUCAAAUACUGUCCAACUGACGAUAUGAUUGCCGAUUUCAUGACAAGUUCAGGGAUCUGA